AUGGCAGAAAGGGAGAGGAAGAAUGCGGCUGUGUAUCGCAACGUCUCUUUCAAAAAGUUGGGGUCCUGGAGCGCCAACAGGAGUGAAGACCAACACAAAUCAGAGGAUUUGGAGGCAGCUGGCGUCGCCCUUCCCCCGGAGCCCAGCAAAGCAGAACAGCCCUUGGCGACGCGUAAUGUCAGUGUGUCAAGAAAAGUUUCCAAAAUUUCUGCCACCACCACUGCCGGCCUCCUGACCGCAGAUCCGAAGAGAGGCUCAUGCACUCCUCUCUCCUCUAUUUCUCCAUCCAUCCGACAGCUCACUGAGAAGUUUAGCAGCAGCGGCUCUGCCGGGACGCACAGAGCCUCACCGGGGGACUGCGCAACGGUGACGCGGGGGAGCAGCACUCUUCCCCGGGCCAGUGGCUCCAGGAGGGACGGGUCUCCGUCUCGUAAAUCUUUUCACGAGGACAGCGGUGUUGGAUAUUUUCUCGGUAGUGAUACUACUGCAGAGACACUGACUGACAAUAAACUGCAAACGUUUCACUCUGACACUGACUCCGUGUCAGGCUCGGACUCCGAGAAGAAAAGUGAGAACCGGAUUUUUACACAUUUAUCAACCGACAGCAACUCUGGUAAGAGAGAUUAUUCACAGAUCAAUGCAUGUCCCUCUGAUUCCAGAAAGACUUUGACUACAGAUGAGGAAGAUGAUGGUGCUAGUAGAGGGGUUCCCCCACCCUGUAAAUCUCACAGAAGUUAUCUCUCUACACACCACAGUGACUUUAUUCCCCUACAUUCUGAUAAGUGGCCCAGUGUUACCAAAAUUAGACAACUUUUUGAUGAAGGACAAGGCAAUGCUACGCAGCAGCACAAGACUGACUCUUAUGAAAAUUUAAAAGCAGCGGGCAGAGGACAUCUACACGAGCUCAGCCCUUGUGAGAGUACUCCUCUCUCGGAUAGAAGUGACAAAGUCUCGCUUUGCAGCUCUGCUAAUGAAGCCAGUAGCCUGUCUUUGCAAGGCAAAUGCAUAGUUGGAGAAAAAGGCAGAGAAAGCAGCACUGCUAAAGAGACUUUUUGUCACAGUAUGGACUUUUAUCCCAAAGCUGACCACCAGCAGUACUCAAAUGACGAGGAGGCUGACUUAGAGAUACAAAGUUCUAAUAACAACAAAGUUUCUGGCAGAAAUACUUUUCAAAGCGGCAGCAGUAGCAGUCACAGUUGCACUGGGGGAAGUCACUACAAGAGGAUUAACUCAUCUCCAUACAUAUCUCAUAGUCCUAGCACUGAAGCAGAGGCUGCUCACAAAACCCUCAGGACGACAGGGUUGACAUCUGACCCCAGCCCUGACCUUCAACACCCUGCUACUUCGUCUUGCAGUCAAUCGGAGAGCUUGGACACCUCCUCCUGCUCCUCCUCUCUUCAGCGGCCGACAGUGAGGGAGAGAAGGGAUAGACAGGGGGUCGGGCUACCCAGGGAUAGUUUACAUUCCUCACAUAGCUCUUCUAGAGCGCCAGCCCCCACCUCCUCCUCCCCCUCCUCUGCUCCAGCUCCAGAUAAAGCCAUUACCUCCUCCUCCUCUACUGUAGCUCCCUCCACCGAGCUUAGAGCCCCAGCAAAAGUAGAUUUUCCCCUCCGCUCCCGCUGGAGGUUCAGCUCUGGAGACGAAGAGGAGGAGCACACUAGGAGAAAAAGAGUCGUUGGAGGAGGUGGUUGGAGUGUUCCUUCUGGCCCUGCUCCUUCCAUCUCCUACAGAGAAGGAGAAAGGGGAGCCAUUGAGCGAGGAAGUAGCUAUUUAUCCCGCAGUAAAAAUGGCUGGUGGGGUGCUAAGGGCAUUGGCAGGUCUUCUGGCAGCGAGGAGGACAGCCCUGGUUCUUUAGGCCCCCACAGUCGAGAGGCAGUGCGCCGCCGCUCACUGAGAAAGAAGAAGAAGGUCAGUGGAGCUGCUCUUGCGACAGCCCGUGAUGAUUAUGAUGAUCAUGAUGGCGAAUCAGAAGACACCGACAGUGACACAGCUUUGACAAUGGAGCACUCAGAGAGGCACCACCAGCAAAACACAGGAGGAGAAUUUGCGGCAACAGUAUCUCGGAGCCACUCGGCAAGAGUACCCAGUAGUAACAGUAACAAAGCCAGGGUGCAGCAAUGGGAGCGCAUCUCCUCACCUGUGACAUCCACAACACUUCCUGGUGUAUCACGAGUGUCAAAGGUCAAUAUCCCCCCCUUUGCUUCCAGUCCUGGUGGUUCACGUUGCAGCAGCCGAUACUCCAGCACUGAGACACUGAAGGAGGAGGACCAGGCUGGCUGUGUCAACCGUGCAGCAAAUAUGUUUUUUAAUACAGGCAGAGAAGGAGGCAACACUAUCAGAACUACAUCCUCAUCCAUGUUGAGUAAAACUUACCAUGGGAAUUUUACCAUGUACCGCUCCCCAAGCUUUGGCCAUGGGGAUACCUUCUCCCAUACCCCUGCGCGGGUUCGCCCCAAGAUUGUGCCUACAGUCACAACCUUAUCUAGUGUACUUCCCAUAGAAGGCGGGGUAUCUGUAGGGGUUAGGGGUGGUGAGACCAAGGCAUUAAGAAAGAUAACAGGUGGGGAUGGGGUGGAUGAUAAUGAUACAAACCAAAUAUCCAUGUCCAACCCUGAUAUCACCCUAGAAACUAUGUCCCUCUUAAGUUUUUUGAAAUCUGACCUGUCAGAGCUCAAGGUGCGGAAAACGAGUGGAGACAAAUCUGGGGUCGUGGAGGGGUCACCAGUGUACAGAAUGGGCUCACGGACUCAUGGCGGCACCCUGCUACCUUCUGGUCGUAGACCGUCACUGAAAGACCUGACUGCCACCCUGCGGCGUGCAAAAUCCUUUACUUAUUCAGACAAACCCACAACAGCAGUGAGGUGUUACUUGACAGGUGGCGCCACGAAGAGGAGCUCCUCUGAGCAACAGCUUGACUUGGAUGGAGAGGGUGAUGGAGGGAGGGUGUCUGUGUCAGAUAGGGAAGUAGAAAGUGAUGGGGGUGAUUUUAGGGUUGGGAGAGGAAGAAGAAUGAGGGAUUAUGGAUUUGAUAAUGGGGGUGAAGAAGGGAUGCCGACUCCAUUGCAGGAGAGAUAUGUGCAGGAAGCCAGGCAGGUUAUUCGAGAUAUCUGCCAGAUGAGUACUAGAGAAGAUGACGAUGAUUUGGAGGACAAAUCGUUCCAGGCCAAGAAAACAAAUGAGAAGGAGAAAGCAGGAGUGAGUGUUAAGGAUCAGGCAAGGACAGAUGAAGAGGCUGAGUUUAAUAAAACAAAAGACAGGGAUAAACAUGAGAGGGAGAGAGAGAACAGGGAGAGGGAGAGGAGCGAGAGGGAUGGACAAAGUAUACAGUUGGAGAAGCUAAACAGCAGGGGCACAGAGCACAGGGAGAAGGCAAAGAGACAGAGCAGAGAGACGCAGAGAGCUUUACUAAAGAUUGACUCGGUGGAAAGCAUGUUCUACGACCGCUCUGUGGAUGAACUUUCAGGACAUGAGUCUAGUUUAACAGAUGAAGGGAUUGUAACAGAGCCAGAGACGGGCCCAAGUGACCCCUCUGAGAGGUCAUUCCUGGGGUCAGCAGGGAUUAAUUUGGGGUCCCGAAUUGCUAGGGAUGUGCUCGGGCAGCCUGUCACCAUAUGGAAGCAAUCGGCUCUCCAUGAGGCAGAGGGGUUUAUGAAGGAGACAGAAGACAUGACGGAGAACAGCGUGAAUUGUACAAAUAGUCUGAAUGAAGUCGGCGUACCUCCCUCCUUGCCUCAUCCUGUCCGUCUGGCUGAGAGUGACUGUAUCAUCAUGGAGCUGAGCAGCACUGCUGGUAUCAACAAUGUCAACACUACCAGUGAGGAGAUCAACACCAACAGCGCAGUGUCGCAGAGGUCAACAGGCACUGCAGGAGGAGGAGGAGGAGGACUUGAAGCCCCUGCAACACCAAGUUCUAUCCGUCGAAGGCGCAAGUUCUCCCCUUCCAGUAAUAACAACACAGGCUCUGAUUCUAGUAAUUGUAGUAAUGCAGAGUCAACAAUAGCAGCUGUUGGUAAUGGGGAAUCCACCACUUACCGCUCUCUCAGUGACCCCAUGCCUCAGCGGCGCUGUUCUGUGGCAGAAGAAGGGAAUAACAAUUUUUCCUCUGUAGACAGCAACCUGUUAGGAUCCUUAUCUGUCAAAGGAGGAGGAGGUGCUCCAGAUGGCUCUGCUGUUGCCACCUUGUCGGAAUACAAGGGCAGUGUGGCCAGUGACUUGUCAGUUUACAGUGAUGGGGGGCUCCGGGAUGAGGCCGUUCGUGACUACAGUGGGGUGAUCAGGAGCAUCGUAGCUGAGCCAGGUGCAAUGGACAGACUGAUGACAGAUGACCAUGGCAAUGGCAAAGCUCCCAAAAAGAAGUCGUUGAGUGACCCCAGUUGCCGUAGCGAUGCCCCUUUACUUUCCCAGAUUGACCCUCGAUUCAAAGGUCAGAUUGGCAGCACAAUCAGUGAGCUUGAUCAACCUUGUCAGAUCCCACCUUCCAGCAGUGAGCCAAUCCUGAGUGAACAGAGAGAAGCACUGUGGGAGCCAGAAGUGGAGCCAGAACAUGCAUUGCCGCCACAGCCAAAUGUAAAAAAAGGUCGUUCCCAGUCAGAAUGUACCCCCCACUCUGAUAACCAUGAUGAGGAAGACGAUGAUGUAAUUGAGCAAGGUGAAGAAGAGACAGAGGUGCAGAAGUUUAACUUCAAUCUCAAGCUGGCUGAGGUUCUGUCCCCUAGAAUGGUUCGGCGGUCGAACAGAAAGCGUCCAAACAGGCCGGCUCAGUUUUUCCCUCAUGAGGAUCCAUUUGAGCCCCCAGAGCUGGGUUCAGAGGAGCAGGAGGAUCACCGCUACCAAACCGACCUCACCCCUCCCCUUCCCCCACUGCAAUCCAAACCCAAAACCAGACAUAAGCAUGUCCGCCAUGCCAGUGAACCGACCACCUUUAUCCCCAUCUCUCCACCUCCACAACUCCAGCCACUGAAGGAAGGGGACUGCCUCGCUGUCCAACCCACUCCAGAGCCUGCAGCCUCAAGUAAGUCUCCAGGAGACGAGGCCCCAUCCCUGGAGGAUGUUACCAAGAAAUAUAUUCUGGAACUGAGCACUGCUGAGAGCCCUGGGCCUCUAGCAGCGGCCAGGGAUGGAGCAGAAGGUUCAGUGUCUGCUUCAGAGGGGCCCAGCGAGACCAGCACCAGUGGAAUUACAGAAGCUGGAUCACAGAAGAAGAGCAAAGAGGACACUGCAUCCACAGCUACCCCACAGAAGACCAAGCCCAGAGUGGACAUGAGGAAACAUGUGAUGAUGACCCUCGUGGACACAGAACAGUCAUAUGUGGAGUCACUACGCAGUCUCAUCCAGGGCUACAUGCGCCCUCUCAAACAGCCGGACAGCGGCUCCAUCGUGGACCCUCUGCUGGUGGACGAGAUGUUUUACCAGAUCCCGGAGAUCCUGGAGCACCACGAGUACUUCCUGGAGCAAGUUUCCGGCUGCGUAAGCCAAUGGCAUGAUAGGCAGACCGUCGGACAUCUCCUCAUCCAAUCAUUCUCCAAAGAGACUCUAGCUAAUAUGUAUUCAGCGUACAUCGACAACUUUCUCAAUGCCAAAGAUGCUGUGAGGAUUGCCAAGGAGGCCAAGCCAGCGUUUCACAAGUUUCUGGAGCAAAACAUGCGUGAGAACAAGGAGAAACAGGCUCUGGGUGAUCUGAUGAUUAAACCAGUCCAGAGGAUUCCUCGAUAUGAGCUGCUGGUGAAGGACCUGCUCAAACACACCCCAGAGGAUCACCCGGACCACCCAUACUUACUGGACGCCCAGAGGGACAUCAAGCGAUUGGCCGAGAAGAUCAAUAAGGGCCGUCGCUCCGCUGAGGAGGCCGAGAGAGAAGCCAGGGUCAUCCAGGAGAUCGAGGCGCACAUAGAGGGAGUUGAACAUAUUCUGAACCCCGAAAGGAAGUUCUUGAGACAGGAAAUGGUCAUGGAGGCGAAGACAGUCGGUGGGAAGAAAGAUCGUUCUCUCUUCCUCUUCAGUGAUCUGAUCAUCUGCACCACUCUCAAGAGGAAGUCUGGCUCAUUAAGACGCAGCUCCAUGAGCCUAUACUCUGCUGCGAGUAUGAUUGAUACGUCCAGUAAAUACAAGUUCCUGUGGAAGCUUCCCCUGGAGGAUGUGGAGGUGGUGAAAAGCUCCACUCAGGCAACAAACAAGGAGAGCAUCCAGAAGAUGAUCAAUCGAUUAGACGAGGAUCUCAGCACUCUGGGUCACAUCAGCAAACAAUCUGAGACCCUCAGCUUCCCACACCAGUCCCUCGACGACGUAAUAAAGGAUCUGCUGGCGUCGGUGCACAGGGAGCUGUCAGAGAAGCAGUCUCUGGCCUUCAGUAUGACCUUCCUGCCCACAAAGUUGGAGUUCACCACGGCCUCCGCUGAGAGCAGCUUCGUCUUCGAGUUCACCUCGCCUGACAUUCGGUCCAACUUUGAACAGGCCUUUGAAGACGCCAAGAAGAAGCUAGCAAUGAAUAAGGACCAGUGGAACCCAGAGUUUCUGAAGGCCAUUCCUAUUAUGAAGACACGCAGUGGGAUGCAGUUUUCAUGUGCCUCUCCCAGCCACAGCUGUCCUGACAGUGGCUGUGAGGUGUGGGUGUGUAACAGCGAUGGAUACGUGGGACAGGUGUGUCUGUUGAACAUCAAAGAUGAGCCCACAGUUGAGGCCUGUAUUGCUGUCUGCUCAGCGAGGAUCAUAUGUAUUGCUGCAGUACCUGGACUCAAGGGAAGGGAGCGGGGAUCAGAGCCCACCCUGUCCUCCACCGGAGCACCUGGUCACACCCAGCAGCAGCUCCAUAUAUCCAUCUCUCAUUCAUCUCUGGAGGUGACGGAGCAACCCAAAGGAACCGGAGCGGAGCUUGUUCCUUUUGACAGCGAUGACACUGACGACGAGGAUUCACCCAGCCCUUCUUCCACUUUAAAGAGUCAAGCCAGUCACUCCACUAUAUCAUCCAGCUAUGGCAAUGACGAGGGCCCAGGCUCCAAGGACAUGGCAACAGAGACCACCAGCAGUGAGGAGGAGCAGGAGUUCCCGGUGACAAGCUCCUACGGAACUUCGGGGAUGUUGGGUGAUGGCGGAGGAGGCCGCGGCCACACGGAGAGCCCCAUGGACGGCCGCGCCAUGCGCCGCUCUUCCCGGGGCUCGUUCACCAGGGCCAGCCUGGAGGACCUGCUCAGCAUCGACCCGGAGGCCUACCAGAGCUCAGUGUGGCUGGGCACAGAGGAUGGAUGCAUCCAUGUGUACCAGUCCUCUGACAACAUCCGUAACCGUAAGAACAGCAUGAAGAUGCAACACUCAGCCUCCAUCCUCUGCAUACUGUAUUUUGACAACAAAGUGUUUGUGUCCUUGGCCAAUGGAGAGGUGAUCGUCUAUCAGAGAGAAGCAGGAAGUUUCUGGGACCCUCAGUCUUCUCAGACGUUAGUUCUGGGCACGCCCACUAGCCCUGUCACCAAAAUGGUUCCUGUGGGAGGAAAGCUGUGGUGUGGCUCACAGAACAGAGUCCUUAUUAUUAACACAACUACACUGGUACAAGAGCACUGGUUCCAGGUGGGCACAGACAGCAGUCGGUGUGUGACCUGCAUGGUGGCGUACGGUCAGGGUGUGUGGUUGGCUCUGCAGGGCAGUGCGCAGGUCAAACUGUACCACGCUCAGACCUUGGAGAGCCUGACAGAGGUGGACGUGGCGCCUGCUGUGCAUAAGAUGCUUGCAGGUGCAGAUGCGAUCAUCAGACAGCACAAAGCCGCCUGUUUGAGAAUCACGGCAUUGCUGGCAUGUAAGGAUCUGCUGUGGAUCGGCACCAGCGCAGGGGUCGUCCUGACGCUGGUGAUCCCAGCGGUGAGCUCGGGAACCGGGGCUGGGACACUGAAAUCUCCCCAGGUGCCGAUGGGCUCGGCUCACGGACACACGGGCCACGUUCGGUUCCUGACAUCAAUCGAACUACCGGAAGGGUUUGACAUGAACUUCCCUCCUGCGACUACUGAGUCUACAGGCAACCAUUCCCAGAGCGGCAGCACGGUUGACGCAAACCUCCAAAGGCGCGACUCUGCUCGUCGAAGAGCCUCUACCCACAUCCCUUCAAAAACCAACCAUCUAGUAAUUUCCGGCGGCGACGGCUAUGAGGAUUUCAGACUGACCAAUAGCAGUGAAACAGUCGGACGGGAUGAUAGUACCAACCAUCUUUUGCUUUGGAAGGUCUGAGACAAUCAACCCCGGUUUGAACAACCCGCCCCAACCUCCCUCAAGCUGAGAACGGUGCACAAGCUCCUUUUCCCCACCGGACUCCUCACUUUUUGGUGUUCUUGUUUUGGUCUUCUGCUCAGUCCACCAGUCUCUAUGUGCAUGAUAUGGCUGUCAACUCCCUCCUGGACUUACUAAUGAAUAUGAUCACUUCAAAGACAGUUUUCCUGUGCUAAUGUUUCUGAUGGUAUGUGUUGUUCCUCACUGAGUGGCGUCUGUGCGUGUGUAUUUCGUUUGUUUCUUUGCAUCUACGAAUAUUGUCUAGAAAAGUGUCUUUAAACACAAGUCUGAAGGAGUCAAAGGAAGACGGAGAGGUGGAAAAUGAAACUUGAAAGAAGAGGACACUGAAGAAUGUCAUCGCACAGGAGGUUGAAAGAGGACAUUCAACUGAAAUGUGAACUUGUCCUUUGACAUUUUCUCUGUUUGUUUUUGGACCUGGACAUUGACCCUUUACUCGAUCAUCACUUGAUCUUGAACUGCAAACAAAUGCCUCCUGAUGAUCAGAGGUGCAUUUCAUGUACAAAUAUUUAAAUGGAAACUAAGUAAAACAUAACAUCACAGACUGUAUUUUGAUGGAUAUUCUGAAUUUGCAUUCAUUUCUGCAGCUAGAGCUCAAGCUUAAAAGAGGGGUUCAGUUGACAUUUGUGAGCUUUUAAAGGAGUAAAGUAUUCUUGUCAUCGUAGAUCUGAGAUAGACAUGUCUGGUCCUAGAAUGGUUGUAAUACCAUCUACUCUGCCAUCAUUGCUUAUAGAUGUGAGACUGCUAAAAUCCUCUUAUCUCCUCUUAUCUCCUGAAGAGGGAGAGUGAAUAACAUUAAAGUGCAAUAUGUGGCAAGGGUAUCUAACAAGACACAUUCACACAGACACAUUAAUGCGCAGCCUUCACCCACUGAAUCGAAAGGCAUUUGUGAAAAACAUAAAUGUGUGUGUGAUCCACAGAUUAUCACUUUGCAUCCGAUUUAGUUUUUUCUUUUUUGAUGUCAGUUUAAGAUGACAUGAACGUAGAGAACGCCCGCUACUGGAGUUGAGUAGAAACAAAAGUGCAUUGGAGACAUUCCUCCUUAAGAUGACUAUGCCAAAGCCUUGUAUGUGUUGCAGUUUUGACAUUAAGGGUUGUGAAAAGAUUUCUUUUGCCAUAAAAAUUCAGUGUGUUGAGUGGAAAUCAGGAGCUGAUGUUACUGACUUCUAUGACGCUAGGCUGUGGUAGCAGAUAACAAUAGUUAUGUACAGUAUUUAUGGUUUUGAUUUUAGCGCCUUCUUUUACAGCACUUAAUUUAUAGAAGAUGUAGCUUUCACUUUUUGUGUUUGAGUUGAAGAACAAAGAGGCCCCGGCUUGAUUAGCUGAAUGGAUAAAUGGAAAUAGUUUGGUUCGGGCAGACAGAAAUGCACAGCUGGGGUGUAUCAGUCUUGUUUCGGAGUUCUAGGACCCCAUUCAUUUAGAGAAACAAAUCCAGAAAGGAGAGAGUCUAAGUAUAUUUUGUCAUUGUCUCUGAACGCAGCUCAAUCCUUAUCUUGAACCGAUAUAGGACAAAGUAACUCAGUUGCCUGUGUGGGUGCCCAAUGCAAAUAUUUACUUUAAUAUUUCAACUAUUUUUCAGCGCCACGUUGCCUAUUGUGGCAUUUUAGUCAAAGGAAAUAUAGCUAAGAUGUAUUGUUUCACCCCUAAUGCACAAACACUGAUUUCAGUAUUGAUUGUUGGAGAACGAGAUGCAUGUGGUUUGUUUGUGAGACAAAAUUGUAGGUCAGAAGGACAAAUGCUGAGCACCUGAAAGUGCCUUCAGAAGGUUAAAAGUUAAGCCAAUAAACACAUAUACACACACACAGAGUGAAAGGUCAGCUCUCACUCGCACUACUACAGCAGAUGUCUGAGGGAAGUGAAGGGUGACUCUGACAUGUCCUUGCACACACUCAACGUUAGCCUCAGGCUUUGGGUCUUAAGCGGUGAUUGUCUUUGAUCCAUCCAAUCCUAAAAACCCUCCUUACACUUUGCCAACCAUCUGGGCACUUCACCUCAGCCACCUCCCAAAUGCAUUUACAACAUGUUAACUCUCCCGCUGUGAAAGCAGCUAACCGUUAAGAGGAUUGGUUGGUUAUUGUGAUAGCUGCUAACUAGCUAGUGAGCGCUUUGCCUCUGUGAGUGUAAAAGCCUGUGUGUGUGUGUGUGCAUCUUCCAGUGCUCUAUUAUUCUGUUGAAAAGUAUUAAAAGGACCUAGUUUUUUUUUUUUUGCCCAUAAUUGAAGCAAAAUUACAUUUAGCUUGUGUGAGCGUGUGAAGAAUACAGCAGAGGAAAGUUCAAGAGUUUUAGCAAAUGUUACAGGAAUAGUUCAACACUUAAGGAAAUUUGCAAUUUGGUUUCUUGUCGAGACUCUGUUCGAGAAGAUCGACUCCACUCUCAAGUCUACAGGCCUACUGUAAAUUUUAAACUACAUCCAAAAGCCAGUUAGCUGAGCUUAGCAUGAAGACUUGAAACAGAGGGAAACAGCUAGCCUUGCUUUGUCCAAAGUGACAAAAAAACGUAAAGCUCUAAGGCUCAAAAAUCACAUUAUAUCUUGUUUGUCGGUUUCAUAUAAAAAGUGUAACACUACAGCAUGUACUUUGUACAUUUUGGUCUUUGUAAUCAUUUAACAAAUAAGAUAUAAUGUAUUAAUUAAAAGGCGCUGGUAGGUGGAUGUUUCUUUGCUAGCUUUCUUUUGUUUCCCGUCUCUGUGCUAAGCUAAGCUAAGCUGACAGCUGACUGUAGCAUCACAUUUAAUAAAACCAACUUGAGAGUGGUAUUAAUCUUCUCGUAUAUACUGUGAGCAUAAAAGUGAAUAAGAUUCUUUCCCAAAGUUUGACAUUUUUCCUCUAACAUUAAGGUAGCAGAUAUGUUUUUUUUUAUCUUCUGUAUGAUUCACAACAAAAUCUAUAUUUGUGUUCUCAGUGCCAAGAGCUGCCAAGUCACCCAUGAACACGCUGUAUAUCUAUGCUGGCUGUAGAACAAUGUAAGAAUGGAGUUAGUAUGCUAUAUCAUCCGUGAAACAUUGAAACAUUUGGUGUGUUUAGAGGAACAUCUGUGUGCUUUCUCUGCUGGUACCAUCUUUAAAAAAAAAGAAAAACUGUUGGGCAGCCAAAAAGGGUCACGGCCCCUCGAUGGUGGGUCCUCACUUCACUGAAUCUUUAGUGUAUUACUUUGUGAAUCAAUUACUUAGUGUCCUGGGUGGAAACCGCUGCCAUGGUUAGAGUCAAUAACUUUCAAUUCAUCUGAUUCAGUAAGUAAAUAUUUGCCUUGAGAAUAUACUUAAACGUUUCAUAAGAAAUAAUGACCGAAUAAUUAUAUUUUCAGUUGCUUCUAUGUUUUGAGCCCAGUGUACUGACUUAGACUCUCCAUUUUACAGACAUGCACACAAACACACCACGUCUUAGAUAUCAACUAAAACUCAAUGCUAAUUUGACCAGGAUUGCAAGAAUGAAGCAUGGUGUGUAAGAAACAGAGGAUUUCCCCUUGAUUUUCACCAUGACAUCAAACUCGUCCUAUCAUCACUGUAACUCUUAGCAAACUUGUAAGUAACCUCCUCAUGCCCGUAUGUGAAAGAAGUCUUUAUUGUUGUAAAUAUUGGUAUAUAUUGCCUUUUUUUCCUGUAAAUAGUGCACCCACGAUCCUCAAUUGUCGAUAUGAAUCUAAUGGCAUAUUUUUAUAUAUUUGUGUAAGGUUUGUUUUUGUUUGUAUUUCCCCCCCUUCCUCUCUGGCAUGCACCGUCAGUGACGUAUAAAUUAUAAUUGUCAUAGAUCUUUCCAAAAGAAGACAAGAUGGCCUCUGAAAGAUUGGCAUUGAUGGUUGUUUUGCAAAACGUACAGUAUGUUUGCCUUGUUACGAACGUCGACAGGAAGGUAAGCUACCUGCUCUCAACUCUGUUAUCUCUGGCUGUGGUUGCAGUUUUCAUGGUUACGGUCUAUCAGAGUUACUUACUGUAUGUAGCUGUUCUCGUUUUGUCACUGUGGGUUCCUCUUUGUAAUUAAAUCCGUUCACUGGU